AUGACGUGUGGAGGAGAUGGUGUGAGUGUAAAGUGUGGAGGUGGUGUGAGUGUAACGGAUGGAGGAGAUGGUGGAAGUCUAACGUGUGGAGCAGAUGACAUGAGUAUGGCGGAUGGAGGGGGUGGUAUGAGUAUGACGGAUGGAAGAGAUGGUAUGCGUGAGACGGAGGGAGGAGAUGUUGUGAGCGUGGUGGGUGAAGGAGAUAGUAUGAGUAUAACGUGUGGAGGAGGUGGCAUGAGUGUGGUAGGUGGAGGAGGUGGUGUGAGUGUGACGUGUGGAGGAGAUGGUGUGAGUGUGACGUGUAGAGGAGGUGGAGGAGGCGGUGUGAGUGUGACGGAUGGAGGAGACGGUAUGAGUGUGACAGAUGGAGGAGUUCGUAUGAGUGUGACGAAUGAAGAAGAUGGUAUGAGUGUGACGAAUGGAGGAGAUGGUAUAAGUGUGACGGUUACAGGUGUUGGUAUAAGUGUGACGGAUUUAGGAGAUGGUGGAAGUCUGACGGGUGGAGGAGAUGACUUGAGUGUGACGGAUGGAGGGGAUGGUAUGUGUGUAACGGUUGGUGGAGACGGUGUGAGUGUGACGGAUGAUGGAGUGGUAUGA